CGAGCGGGGCGGGGCCUGGCUGGCCUCGUGACCGGCGUCGUCGUCAUGUGACGCGGCCGGUCAGGCUCCCAAGAUGGCGGUGUGCGUAGCGGUGAUCGCCAAGGAGAAUUAUCCUCUUUACAUCCGCAGCGUCCCCACGGAGAAUGAGCUCAAGUUCCACUACAUGGUGCACACAUCCCUGGAUGUGGUGGAUGAGAAGAUCUCUGCCAUGGGGAAGGCCCUGGUGGACCAGAGGGAGCUCUACCUGGGCCUGCUCUAUCCUACAGAAGACUACAAGGUAUAUGGCUACGUGACCAACUCCAAGGUGAAGUUUGUCAUGGUGGUGGAUUCCUCCAACACGGCGCUCAGAGACAACGAGAUCCGCAGUAUGUUCCGGAAGCUGCACAACUCCUACACAGACGUGAUGUGCAACCCCUUCUAUAACCCGGGGGACCGCAUUCAGUCCAGGGCCUUCGAUGGCAUGGUGACCUCCAUGAUGAUCCAGGUCUGCUGAGCAGAGCUCUGCAGCCCCUGGCUGGAAGGAAGGGUUCUGUACAUAACCGCGUUGUCCAGAUGUCUGUUCAUCUCACUUGCCUCUCCUGGGGGGUCGCUGGGGGCAGGGCCUCAUGCUCGGGGCAUGUUGACUAAAGGCCUUGUGAGAUCAGCUUUGGGUUUUUCCUUCUGAGACAGCGGAGGCUUGAAUUAAAGAGAGUUUAGGGACUCCCCUAGCUGUCCAGUGAUUAGGACUCUGAGCUUCCACUGCAGGGAGCCCAGGCUUGAUCCCUGGUGGGGGAACUAAGAUCCUGCAAUCUAUGUACUACACCCCAAAAAAAGAGUUUACGUGGAGCUUUACAGGGGACAGAGCUGAUCAGGGACCAGAUGGAACAGGAACUCUUGUUCCCACCAGGCACGAAGGGGCAGGGAAAGCCUGGUGGCAAGAGCUCCUGGAGCUUGGAGCCCUGAAGAGGCUGUGAAGGGAGGGGCAGAAGACCUGUAGACCGGCCACCCUGCUGCAUCAAUGCCCUGGCUGCACCCCCCAGUGACUGAGAAGGUGGGCUUGGCUGGAGGGGUCAGCCUCCUGUGCCCAGAGCCCAAUUAGAGGGGCAUGUAGGAUGGCCUACACACCUUCCCCUAGGGGUGGGGCUUCCCCUUUCUGGUUUUGCUCCAUCCUGGAAGUCUGCCUUCCAGAGACCGUGUAGCUAGCAUCUCAUCAACUUCUGGUGGGCAUCAAAUGAGCAAACUCUGAGAGUCCCCUUCUGCCCCCUCAGUCACUCUGGAGGGGGUCUUUGGCCAGGAGAAAGGUGGUUUAGACUCAUUGGGAGUGGGGAAGCUGUGAUCUGUGAGUGUUGGCAGCCCAGGGCUAGAUCUGGGGUGCAUUCUGCUCCGCUUUUGUUUACUAGCACAGAUGAGAUUUUUUUUAUAAUUACAGAAAUAAAAAAAAUACGCUCAGAGUGUGUGUGAAAGACACAAGUCCCAGGUUCCCCACCACCAUCACACACACACACACACACACACACACACACACGGAAUCAUAGGAUCUAGAUGAGGGCUGAGAAGUGUGAUCAACAGGUAUGGGGCUGAUGCAGCCAUCUUCACGUGGGCUUUCUCCCCAGUUCAUCCUCAGAUCUCUGGUUGAGCUGUUACUAGUAAUCUCUCCUGCCUGAGGAAAUGACCGAAGCAGGGAUUGCAGUUUGCUAAGCCGACAUCCAUUCUGUCUUGUUUCUUUACUAAUAGGUUCCCAGUGUUAUUGGGGACAAUUGGUCAGACAAAAUAUACUUCCUGUCCUCACAUGGGUAGGUCAUUGUAAGUGGAUGGUGUUGGGAGGCACUUGCAGGAAAGAUACUUAAAAGAGGGAUUUAGCUGGCAGUACCUUCACUUUUUCCCUUCUUCUGUCCUGGAACUUGGAUGUGAUAGCUGAAGCUUUAAAAACUAUCUUCAGAGCAUGCAGACAAGAUUCAUCCUCUAAGGAUGGGGAGCAGAAAACUAGGCAAUGUCUGGGUCUUUGCUGACAUACCAGUCCUGGAUGUUCAGCAUUUUUUUUUUUUUAAUUAAAAAAUAAAACCCCUAUCUUGUUGAAGCUAC